GAGAGAAAGAAGGGAGAGAGAGAGGAGAGAGAUUUCCAAUAGAAAGAGAAAGGAAGCGUGGUGUCUCUGCCAGAGGUCAAAACUCCAAAACCUGCCCCACGACCACCGCAACCACCAAACCGAAACGACAUCGUUUAACUCUCCGGCGACCUUACCUCCUCCACCGCCGUCAUGAGUCCCGUACUUGUAUCCUGAUUCCCGAUCGGUACGGCGAGGUCCAUUUUUUCCGGUGACCGGCCCCUCCUCCGUCUGCCAUCUCUGUUCCUGAUUUUAUUAUGAAGAGCUACGCUAAGGUUAACAGCAACAACAGCAGCAGCAGUAGCAACAAAACCACCAACGGCUUUCUCCCCAAUUCUUUGAAAUUCAUCUCCUCUUGUAUUAAAACUGCUUCUUCUGGUGUCCGCUCCGCCAGUGCUACGGUCGCUGCCUCCAUCUCUGCCGAUGCUCAUGACCACAAAGACAAGGUAUUAUGGGCUGGAUUCAACAGACUUGAGCUCAGUCCAUCCUUCUCCAAGCAUGUGCUUUUAGUUGGUUAUACAAAUGGUUUUCAAGUUCUUGAUGUUGAAGAUGCCGCCAAUGUCGGUGAACUGGUUUCAAGACGGGAUGAUCCAGUCACAUUCUUGCAGAUGCAGCCUCUUCCAGCUAAGUCUGAUGCUCAGGAAGGGUUUGGAGCAUCACACCCAAUACUUUUGGUUGUUGCCUGUGAUGAGACCCAGAGUUCAGGUCUGAUGCAAACUGGCAGAAAUGGGUUGGCAAGAGAUGGAUAUGCUAACAAUCAUUCAGAGAACAUUACCCUCUCCCCAACGGCUGUUAGGUUUUACUCGUUAAAAUCUCGCAGUUAUGUUCAUGUUCUGAGAUUUCGCUCAACUGUAUACAUGAUUAGAUGCAGUCCUGAAAUUGUGGCUGUUGGUCUUGCAACACAAAUUUAUUGCUUUGAUGCUCUUACCCUCGAGAGUAAAUUUAGUGUUCUCACGUAUCCAGUCCCUGAGAUGGGUGGCCAAGGAACAUCUGGGAUUAAUAUUGGCUAUGGACCUAUGGCUGUGGGUCCUAGAUGGUUAGCUUAUGCUUCCAACAAUCCUUUGCAGUCAAAUACAGGUCGUUUAAGCCCACAAAGUCUUACACCUCCUGGUGUAAGCCCAUCAACAUCACCUAGCAGUGGAAGUUUGGUGGCCCGAUAUGCCAUGGAAUCUAGUAAGCAUUUGGCUGCUGGGCUAAUUAAUUUGGGUGACAUGGGUUACAAAACAUUAUCUAAAUACUAUCAAGAGCUCGUACCUGACGGUUCCAACUCUCCAUUAUCAACAAAUUCAAGUUGGAAAGUUGGUCGACUUGCAUUACAUUCAGCAGAAACAGAUGUUGCUGGAAUGGUUGUUGUGAAAGAUUUUGUCUCCAGAGCUGUUAUAUCACAAUUUAAGGCUCACACAAGUCCAAUUUCUGCUCUUUGUUUCGAUCCAAGUGGGACCCUUCUGGUUACUGCCUCAACACAUGGUAGCAAUAUUAAUAUUUUUAGGAUUAUGCCGUCCCGUGUACAGAAUGGAUCAGGCACUCAAAGCUAUGAUUGGAGCUCCUCUCACGUGCACCUUUAUAAGCUUCAUCGUGGCAUGACAUCAGCUGUAAUACAAGACAUUUGUUUUAGUCACUAUAGUCAAUGGAUAGCUAUUGUUUCAUCCCGGGGAACUUGCCACAUUUUUGCUCUUUCGCCUUUUGGAGGCGAGACUGUCCUUCAAAUGCACAAUUCUUUCGUAGAUGGGCCUAAUCUUUUACCAGCUUCAUGUGUCCCUUGGUGGUCAACUUCAUCUUUCUUCACAAACCAGAAAUCCUUUUCUCCUCCACCACCUCCUUCUGUCACUCUUUCAGUGGUUAGCAGAAUAAAAAAUUGUAACUCAGGAUGGCUUAAUACUGUCAGUAUGGCUGCUGCUUCUGCAUCCGGAAAGGUUUCCAUCCCAUCAGGUGCAGUUUCUGCUGUUUUCCAUAGUUGUAUACCUCAGAAUCUCCAAUCUCCUCAAUUAAUUUCGAAUACUUUGGAACAUCUGUUGGUGUAUACUCCUUCCGGCCAUGUGAUUCAAUAUAAACUGCUGCCAUCAAUGGGGGGAGAAUGUGGUGAAACUGUUUUGAGAAGCCCAAAUGCUUCAAUGCAGAUGAAAGAUGAGGAGUUACGAGUGAAAGUUGAACCUGUUCAAUGGUGGGAUGUUUGCCGAAGAGCUGCUUGGCCAGAGAGGGAGGAAUGCAUAUCCUCAAUUACUCUCAGGAGAAAAGAAACUGCAGAGGCUGUUGAGGAUUCUUCCUUUUGUGAGGAGAAUCAUCUUGGGACCCAGGAGUUGGUAAAGCCACAUGAGUGUUCUCUCUUGUACUUAUCCAACUCUGAGGUCCAGAUAAACUCUGGGAGGAUACCCAUCUGGCAGAAAUCCAAGGUACAUUUCUAUACAAUGAGUUUUCCUGGGUCUAAUGAGCAAAGUAGCAUAAAAGAUUGCAUGAAUGGGGAGAUUGAAAUAGAGAAGGUACCUAUCCAUGAGGUAGAAAUUAAGCGGAAGGAUUUGCUUCCAGUUUUUGACCAUUUCCGUGGGAUACAAUCUGAUUGGAGUGACAGGAGCCAUGCUGGAGCAAAAGGCUCUAACCCAACUUCAGAUUCUCAUGGUGCUGGAAUGAAGUAUUCAGAAGGUGAUAUCAUUUCAGAUUCAAAGUUGGAUUCACCUGGCUUGGAGGAAAAUUCAGAUGGUAUUUCUUAUCCACCCAUUGCCAAGUCUGUGGGUGACCUUAAGAUGAAAGAAAAGGAUGGAUCUGUUUUAUCCUCGCCAGUAAUGAAAGAGAACUCUUUCCAGGAGCGGUCCUCGGUUUCUUCUAAACAAUCUAGCACUGGACUUUCCCCAGUUGAAGGCAGUGAUUUUACUAACAGCCCAUCAACUGUAACAAGUGGCUCACUCUCCACUGAUAGAACUAUUUUAAAAGCGGUUCAGUCAUCAAAACGUGGAGGGGCGAGUGAGGGCUCAAAUACAAGUUCCACCCGUUCUGACUUGAGUAUGAACAUUCUUGACGAGGAACCAAUGCGUGACUCAUUUGAUUAUGAACCAUUCUUUCAAGAGGAAUAUUGUAAAGCAACGGGUCUUAGUAACUGCCGUGACCCAGCAGAUGCUGUAACCGACGACGUAGACAGUAGCGGUAGUCCCCGUUACAGGGAGAAAUGUGAGGAAGAUGGAGACCCUGAUGACAUGCUUGGCGGUGUAUUUUCUUUCUCCGAGGAAGGAUAACGUUCCUCGGCAUGUCAUAAUGCAUCGUAAUAUUGGACCGUAACAGUCUGCUGGUCGUCGUGGUCCUGAUGAUAGAGCAUGCGUCGUGUCAUGAUUGAUAAAGUUGAGGUUGUUGGUUGGGUUUCAACAAGGACAAUUCUACUGACAGAUAGAAGUGAUUAUGUUAUUGAUAGUAGCACUGGUGGGACUGAUGCCUGGUUUCCUCUUUCCCCUCUCUUUUGUAUAUACUGUAAAUUGAAAUUCAUAGUUCAAAUGAUUUGUGUGGUCAGGUUCUUACCAA